AUGUCUCCAUUUUUGAGCGCCGUUUUCUUUCUCCAUCUUUCAUCGCUGGCCACCACCGCCAACUUGACCCUAGUUUACGAGUGGCAUGAUGAAAUGGACUACGAGUGGCCGUCGGAGGCGAGCAGGACACAGGCCUUGAGAGAUAGAACAUUCGAACCAGACGAAAUUGAACCUAUUUACAUGGCUGUCUACGGUUCAAGGCUCUUCCUCAGUCUUUAUAGAAUCUAUGCUGGAAUUCCGGUGAGUCUGGUGUCGUUGCCGACGAGCAGCGCCUCUUCUGCACCCCCGAAGCUCACUCCAUUCCCUUCGUGGGACAUGCACAGCAUGAGAAACUGCAACAUGAUUGAAUAUGCGACAGGGCUGCAAGUGGACUCGGUUGGAAGGCUGUGGGUGCUCGAUGGGGGUAGCUCGCAUUGCAAUUCCAAAAUAUGGAUGAUCGACCUGAUCAACAACGAUCAAACAAAACUAAUUCAACAGUUUCCCGAAAAUUACUUGAUGCACGAUUUGGUGCUGGACGAAACGCCCAACGGAACCUUUGCCUACUUCUCGUGGUGGGAGGAAGAACACAUUGGCGUGUUUUCUUUGGAAAGAAACAAGUCUUGGACAGUGGAAACGCCAAGAAUUAAAGUUUAUUCCAUCGCCCUUUCCCCUAAGAAUAAUCAGGAACCGAGACAGCUCUACCGCAGCAAAUGGGAAUCCAAAGAACUGUAUUCGAUUCCCGUCGCCGCUCUCCGCAGCGGAGCUCGAACUGCAGAGCCGGAACUAAUCGGAAACUGGACUGCAGGACAAUCGUAUAGAAUGCUGAUGGACAAUCACGGGACCAUGUACGCCGCUUUUUUGGGGAAGAACUACAUACGCUCUUGGAACGGAUCCCAACCAUUCGAGGAGCAGCGUUUUCAUGAGGUCGCAGGACUUCGUUCUGAAUGGCCGUUUACUUUUGCCUUGGACGAAAAUGGAACUUUUUGGAUGACAGAGUUUAAUGAAGAAAAUAAGCCAAGAUACAGGCUUUUGAAGGCUACACUCGAAGGAAAAUCCUCCGAGGCCUUGCCAGUUACGCCCGCCAUUCCUACCACCACUACAAAACCUUCCACACCAGCUGAGGAAACAUCUGCCACGACCGAUGCAGGAGAACAGAAUCCUGAUAGAUCAUCAGCUGUUUAG